AUGGCGCCUAGACAACGACCCAACUUCAUCAUCGCCCUGGCGGACGACCUGGGCUUCUCAGACAUCGGGCCGUUCGGCGGAGAAAUCAACACGCCGAACCUCGACCAGCUCGCCAAGGAUGGCAUCCGCUUCACAGACUUCCACGCCGCGGCCGCGUGCUCGCCGUCGCGGGCCAUGAUCAUGACCGGCACCGACCACCACAUCGCGGGGCUCGGCAACCUGAUCGAGUGGACCAACAUCUCGGGCCAGAACGACCCGAGCGGCACCAUGUCGACGUCGGUACAGCGCGGCAUGCCCGGCUACGAGGGCUACUUAAACGAGAGGGUCGCCGCGCUGCCCGAGAUGCUGCGCGACGCCGGCUACCACACGGUCAUGGCGGGCAAGUGGCACCUGGGGCUGACCCCCGAGCGCAGCCCCAAGGCGCGCGGCUUCGAGCGCAGCUUCGCGCACCUGCCCGCGUGCAGCAACCACUACGCAUACGAGCCGCAGCUCGAGGGCAAGGACCAGAUCCCCGAGUUCAUGACCAUGAGCUUCAUCGCGCUGCACCAGGAGGACGGCGAGUACGUCAAGAAGCUGCCGGACGGCUGGUACUCGUCCGACGGCUACGGCGACAAGAUGCUGCAGUACCUGCGGGACUGGAAGGAGACCGGCGGCGGGGACGACAAGCCGUUCUUCGGAUACCUGCCUUUCACGGCGCCGCAUUGGCCGUUGCAGGCGCCGCAGGGAUACAUCGAGAAGUACCGCGGCGUCUACGACGAGGGCCCCGAGGCGCUGCGGCAGAAGCGGUUGCAGCGGCUUAAGGAUCUGGGUAUGGUCGCCCAGGACGUCGAGCCGCAUCCGGUCGUGGCCGACGAGGUCAAGGAGUGGGAUGACAUGAGCGAGGAGGAGAAGGCGAACUCGUGCCGGGCUAUGGAGUGCUUUGCGGGCAUGGUUGAGUGCAUCGAUACUAAUGUCGGGAAGAUCGUGAAGUAUCUGGAGGACAUCGACGAGCUCGACAACACUUUCGUCUGUUUCCUCUCCGACAACGGCGCUGAAGGUGCUGCUUACGAGGCGUACCCCAUUGUCCAGGGUACUAUGAUCCAGCACCUGCAGAAGUACUACAACAACCACAUCGACAACCUCGGCAACGGCGACUCCUUCAUCUGGUACGGCCCGAGAUGGGCACAGGCUGCCACGGCGCCGAGCAGGCUGUACAAGGCGUACACGACCGAGGGCGGCGUACGAGUCCCGUACAUGAUGAAGCCGCCCGCGUCCUUCAGCGGCCAGAUCCCGGCCGGGAGCAUAACGCACCAAUUCGCAACCGUGAUGGACCUCGCACCGACGAUCCUCGAAAUGGCCGGCGUCAAGCACCCGGCACCUACAUACCAAGGGCGCGAGGUCGUCGCCAUGAGAGGCAAAUCCAUGGUGCCGUACCUAACCAAGCAAGCCGACAGCAUCCACGAAAAGGACUUCAUCAAUGGCUGGGAGACGUGCGGGCGCGCCGCGUGCCGCAAGGGCGACUGGAAGAUCGUGUUUAUCCCUAAGCCGAAAGGCCCGGAGCGCUGGCAGCUGUACAACCUCGCCAAGGACCCCGGGGAGGUACACGACCUCGCCGAGCUGCACCCGGAGAGGCUGGAGGAGUUGGUGAAGCUGUGGGAUGUGUAUGUGCUGGAGACGGGCGUCAUUCCGCUGUCGCCUGCUCUGGGCGAGUGGAUGGCGGCUAUGGAGGAGCAGAUGCCCGAGAAUGCGUGGAUUGAGUAUGAGUAUUGGAAAGAAGGGGCAAGGGAGGAUCCGGGGAGGUUUACUAAGAGGUUGCCGAGGUUUGAGAGGAGGGUUAAGGCUAUUUAG